AUGCAGUUCCUCACCGUGGCCCUGGCCAUGGCCUCCGUCGCCAACGCCCACACCAUGCUCUCCAAGCUCUACAUCAACGGCGAGUCUGAGGGAGAUGCCACCUGUAUCCGUACCCCCAUGGAGGGAGACAUCGCCACCUCUCCCGUCGCCGGCCUGACCAGCGACGACAUGGCUUGCGGCAAGGAUGGUGCCAACGCCGUCGCCUACGUCUGCCCCGCCGCCGGCAGCUCCAAGCUCACCUUCGAGUUCCGCCAGUGGCCCGACGCCCGCCAGUCCGGCUCCAUUGACCCCUCCCACAGGGGUCCCGUCUCCGUCUACCUCAAGAAGGUCGACGACAUGUUCACCUCCGCCGCCGCCGGCUCCGGCUGGUUCAAGAUUUGGGACGACGGUCUCGACAGCGAGGGCAAGUGGGGUGUCGACAGGCUCAUCGCCAACAACGGUCUCCUGACCGUCGAGCUCCCCUCUGGACUCCCCGCCGGUUACUACCUCGCCCGUCCCGAGAUUCUCGCUCUCCACCAGGCCGUCUCCCUCAAGGACCCCCAGUACUACGUCGGCUGCGCCCAGAUCUACAUCGAGGACGGCCCCUCCGGAUCCCUCGACAUCCCCUCCGAGUACGCCGUCAGCAUCCCCGGCUACGUUGACGGCUCCGAGCCCGGCAACAACUGGAACCUCUACGACAGCUCCCAGAACCCCUCCACCACCUACACCGUCCCCGGCCCCAAGGUCUACAGCCCCAGCGGCUCCUCCUCCGGCGUCAUGGCCCUCGCCGCCAAGGACAUUGAGGGCGCCGUCCCUGCCAACUGCCUCCUGAAGGUUGGCAACUGGUGCGGUGUUCCCCUCGAGACCUACAGCACGCAGGUGGGCUGCUGGGACCAGGUCGACGCCUGCUACGCCCAGGGUGAGAAGUGUUUCUCCUCCGCUCCCCCCACCGGCUCCAAGAACUGCGACGCCUGGAACUCGGGCAUGUGCAAGGUCAUCUCCGACCAGUGCACCGCCGGCAACUGGAACGGCCCCCCGGAGAACCAGAUCUCUGCCACCACCGUCCCCGCCCCUGGCGCCAUCCCCGAAGCCGUGAACCUCGCCCUCCUCGGCUCCUCCGCCUCUUCCAACACCGGUUCCUCCGCCGCCUCCUCCGCUGCCCCCGUCUCUUCCACCCCCAUCGCUUCCUCCACCCCCAUCGCCGCCGCGUCUACCCCUGCCGCCUCCGCCGAGUACGCCGCCGAGGACCCCGUCGCCACCUCCGCCCCCGCCGUCAAGCCCACCGCCGUCGCCUCCUCCGCCGCCCCCGCCGCGCCCAGCGCCACCGGCGGCGCUUCCAACGUCUCCACCGACGGCAAGUGCGGCACCGCCGCCAACGGCCAGACCUGCUCCGGCAGCGGCUUCGGAUACUGCUGCUCGCCCAUGGGCACCUGCGGCAGCAGCAUGCGCCACUGCGGCUGCGGCUGCGACUCCGCCUUCGGCCUCUGCCUCGACAAGUACCAGAACAAGGGCGGCAACAGCAAGCGCCACGUCGCUGCUCACGCCAAGGCUCACCACCGCCACUAA